CCCCCUACUAGUUCCAAAAAGUCAAUUAAACCCCCCAACUAAAAAAACACCCAAUCACACCCACCAACCACUAAAAUCGAGUCAAAUACUCUUUUUCACCGGUAAAGAAAUGGAUUAACCGGUAUUUGUACACAUGGCAACCCAUGUGACUUUUUUCAUUUUUUUUGUAUUUUCUUUUUUCUUUCUUUUUCCCUUCUCCUUCAUCUUUCUCUUCCACCUCACCAUUCAAGCAACUUCACGCAGAGUCUUCACCUCUCUUCUUCCAUCUUCUUGACUUCUUCUACCCACCAUUUCUUCUCCCCCUUUCCUCUUUCUUCUCCUACCCGGCCAUCAUCCCUCAACCGACGAUACACUGGCAAAGUCCGUGGGACGGUGGGAAUCUAGGUCGCUGGAGGUGUCCGACUACCCAUCGCACACGAGACGCCUCAACAAUGGCCGAUGGCUUGGAAGUCGGGGAAGAUACUCCGUUGGAACUUCAAUUUGGCAUGUGCUCCGUGAGAUCUCCAGGCCACAUCCAGAUUCCAGCUUCAAUUCAGCCGGAGACCCUAGCCGACGGUGCAGAAGAGGAGGGUGAAGUCAGACCGGGAAAAUGUGAGCAGGGGACUAAGGGGGGAGAAGAGAAGGGGAAAGAACGAAAGAAACCAGAAAGGAAAAAGGAAGAAGAAUUCGCAGGUGUGGAGUCGCAGCCCACAGGGAAGAAGAAAUGUAGUGGGAAAGAAAAGAAAAAUAAAAGAGAAAGAAAAGAAAAACAAAGUAAAAAAGAUAAAGAAAAGAUAAAAAGCCACAUCAGAUGCCACAGAUGCAAUUUGACUGGAAACCGAGAGUACACCUGACAAAAGGAAGAUUUGCUUAUUUUUUAACAGUUCGUGGGUCUGAUUGAAUGUUUUUUUAGUUGAGGGACUCAAUUGACUUUUUUGAACUAGUUGGGGGGC